GACAAAUUACUUAAUUUAACAAAUUAAAUCCGAUCCUCAUAAGUCAUAACCAAUAUAUUUUAAUCAAAACCCAAAGUAAUAAUAUAUAAUAUAUAUGGGGAGGGAGGGAGGGAACAACAAGCGAAGACGACGGAGGAUCCAAUUACUAUUCAAAUCAAUCAAUGGCCUCUUUUCUUCCAUUCUCAUCCUCCUCGCUUUCACUUGUCUAAUCUAUACCUUUCCUUUUUGCCCAAAUCCAAAAAUUAACCCGUAGAAGUCAAAUUCUCUUCCUUUUUUACCAAAUCUAUCUACACUUUGUCUCCUCCCCAACCUUCGCAUUAGAUUCUUACCUUUCCCACCCUCCCUGUUAUCUCUUUUUCGCGUCAAGCUUGUUUCCCUCCAGUUUAUUUCCUGCCUUACGCGCGCGGAUCCUCUGCCGAAUCAAGAGUCUCAGUUUUUGCAGGUAAUGUGUAUGAAUCUCUUAUGAGCUUUUCUAUUGUGUCUGUAUUUGGCAGAUAAUUUAAAGGUAUCAACUUUCUCUUGUAAUCUGGGCUUACGAAGUUUCUUCCUUCGUACGCUUUUUAUCGACCUAGAUGGGGAAUGAGGUGCAGAGGGAAUUGGCUUGCUCUUAUUUUGUUGGGUUCAUUUCCGUUCAUCAAUAUUGGGGCAUUGGUUAUAGGUCAUGAAUUUUUGUUCUUUCUGGCUGUGUUUGAUACCAGCUGAACUUUAGGGUGGAAAUAGGGUUGAUUGACUUCUUCUAUACAUGGCGAUCUUCUGUUUUUAUUCUUGUUUGUUUUGCUCAAAUGUAAUUGAUGCUGCAUCCUGUUUGGUUUCUUUGGCGAUUGGACCAUGCCUAGAAUGACUGCUCCGAAUGGGAUUUCUUUCCAAAUGGUAAAUAUGCUUUUGGAGAGUCGGGGAGAGAUUAGUAUUUGUGAUCAAGUAUGCAUUUGCAAUGCUGAAUUUGUUAGGAAUGUAAUGAGUCUCUUUGUUCUUUGUAGUGUAUCAACCUGUGAACCCAAGGGCGAUAAAUUUUGUGAGCACUCAUUAAGACAGUGCUCAUUCAUGGAUCGGGCAAUAAAUCAUUGCUCAUAAUUCAAGGAUAUGGACCAGAGGUUACCUGUUGCAGGAACUCGAUCAGGAGUCGAAAUGGGAACACUAAUUAGAAAUGGCUCUGCUCAUUUUGAGGAUAAGAACGUUUAUGCUUCAAACGUGAUGCCUCAAAAGAUUCGCCCCACAGCUGAGGGGUUGUCAUCUAGGAGCAGUAUGACGUGGCAGAGUAGUGUAUAUAGGAGCAUAAAGAUUGUAAUUUUCUCAACCAAACUGAACUUGCUAAUGCCUUUUGGGCCACUUGCAAUCCUAGUGCACGCAUUCAGCGGCCAUAACGGAUGGGUCUUCUUUCUGUGUUUGUUAGGCAUUACACCUUUGGCUGAGCGCUUAGGCUAUGCGACAGAGCAGCUGGCUUUCUACACCGGACCUACAAUUGGUGGCCUUCUAAAUGCCACGUUUGGAAAUGCAACCGAACUCAUCAUUGGCAUAUAUGCCUUGAGAAAUGGAAUGACUAGGGUUGUGCAGCUUUCUUUGUUGGGUUCGAUUUUGUCCAACAUGUUAUUAGUGCUUGGAUGUGCAUUCUUUGCUGGCGGACUUGUUUUCUAUAGAAAGGAACAAGUGUUUGACAAGGCAAGUGCUACAGUGAAUUCAGGAUUGCUAUUGAUGGCAGUGAUGGGUCUUCUUUUUCCAGCUGUCCUACAUUUUACACAUACAGAAGUGCAUUAUGGAAAAUCAGAGCUUGCUCUUUCAAGAUUCAGCAGUUGCAUUAUGCUUGUAGUCUAUGCUGCCUAUCUCUUUUUCCAGUUGAAUACUCGGAAGGAUUCCUACGUUCCUCUUACCGAGGAAGCUAGUCGUCAGGGCGUGGAUCCGCCUGAAGAUGACGAUGAAGUCCCGGAGAUCACUAAACUUGAAACGAUAGUUUGGCUUUCGAUAAUGACUGCUUGGAUUUCCAUCUUAUCAGAAUAUUUAGUUGAUGCAAUAGAGGGAGCAUCGCUUGCAUGGAAUAUCCCUAUUGCCUUUAUUGGAGUAAUCUUGCUCCCAAUUGUCGGGAAUGCAGCGGAGCACGCUAGUGCUAUUAUGUUUGCCAUGAAAGAUAAGCUCGAUAUAUCCUUGGGUGUGGCAAUCGGUUCGUCCACUCAGAUAUCUAUGUUUGGGAUUCCAUUUUGUGUGGUUGUUGGAUGGAUCAUGGGAGAACCCAUGGACUUAAACUUCCAACUUUUCGAGACAGCAACUCUUUUCAUCACUGUUAUCGUUGUGGCCUUCUUCCUCCAGGAAGGGACUUCUAACUACUUCAAAGGACUGAUGUUGAUUCUUUGCUACAUGAUUGUUGCUGCAAGUUUCUUUGUGCACGAAGAUCCUUCUUCCGAGAAAGGAGGGCCAAAGACAUAAGUUACUGUUGGUGCAUGACCAAGAAAGCUCACCAAUCAGGCCUUGCUCGUGAUGGUGUGUACAUAAUUAAAGCCCUUUCACUUGGGAACAUGAUAUAUAUUUUUCCAGGUCUCGUCCAAAGCUUCCGUCUUAGUUGUUUUCCUGUUAAACACGGUACUUGUUCUAGCUGAUGUCUUGGUAGGCGGGUUAUGGAGAGGAGUUUUAAGGAUGACAUAUCAUUAAUGUUCAUACUCCAACAAAAAUGGGAACUCUAACUGGCUUCUGUAAUGUCUGCUUGGUGAAGAUACUAUGGUUAUAGCUCAUCUAUCUUGGUGUGGUUUGUUUGGGUUGUGGUACAGUCUGGAUUCAACCCUCACCCGACCCGGAAACUCAAAUUUUGUAUUGAUGUUUCCCUAUAUGUAGAAACUGCACGUUUCGUUUGAACAUUUGUUAGUACUGUUUCUUGGUUUUGGUUUGGAGGGAAAGCAAUUGUUCUGUUCUUGGCCUCCUUUUCUUUUUACCAGUUGUCUUGUUCCAAAACCAGUGCUCAACUGUAUUGAUUCUUUUUUUUUAAUUGGUUAAUUAAUUGUACCUCCGUCAUGAAGAAAAUUAUCUAAGAGAGUGAUAUUGAUUGUAUGGAGAUUAAGAAAGAUUAUAAUCGGGUUGGAAUGCCACUCAUCAAGUUCAACGUCCACCAGGCUGCAACACGCUAGAUGAUGGAGAAGCGUGAUAAAAUUGUUAAUUAGAUAUGUAUUAUGUAACAACGAUCAAAUUUAUUAGUUUCUUGUAAAGAACAUUAUUAAUGUAAAGUAUUAUUAUGUUUGUGGAACUGCUUAUAUUGAGAGCAUAUUCCUCUUUUCUGGUUUUUAGUUCUUGGAGAAGUAACUAAACUCAAAAUUUUUUUUAUUGUCAACUUUCGUGAUUUUUCAGAAUUAACAACUAAAUAUAAUAAAAUUUUGUUUUUUAUUUUUGUCAAAAAUGAUACUAUGUUAUCACAUCCCCACUGCAAGCACAACAACAAAAUGAUACUAAAUGGGUUCAUAAAGUGACUUGUAUAUCGAUUUAAUAAACGAAAAUCUACCACACUUCAUUUUCAAAUAGUUAAACAAUGUCGAGCGUCACUAUGGAUCAAUGUUGAGUUUGUUCCUCGUCGACUUAAUACACUUGUUGAUUGGGUUGCUUGUCAGAUUAAGAUAAAUUCAUUACCAAUGAACGGAUUCGCAUUGA